GGACCUGACGAUACGCUCAAUCCACAGAAUUGGCCGCUGAUUUCAAGGUGUAAGAACCUUUUCAUAUUGGCAUUUCUCAUCUUUACCCAAGGCUGGGCAGGUGCCUCCCAAUCAAUGGAGAAUUUAGUAGCAAGUUCAACGUUUCAUGUAAGCCAGACAACGGAGAGUCUAGAUACCGCCAUGUAUCUUUUUGGUGUUGGAAUCGGCGCUCCAUUUGCAGGUCCAUUGUCCGAGACGGUGGGAAGAAAUCCUGUAUACCUAUUGGCUACUUUCUGCUAUCUGUUCUUCGUUUUGGGAUCUGCCAAGGCAACCACAUUUGGCGGGCGUAUUACCUGCCGUUACUUCGUGGGCUUGUUCUCCAGUGCUACUUUGUCCAUCAACGGAUCCAGUGUUAGGGACCAGUUCAGAGACGUAAAAAGAGCUUUCGUCUUCCCAAUUAUUGCUUGGGUUAAUGUAAUAGGCCCUGUAACUGCUCCGGUAGCAAGUGGCUGGCUCGUUUCUAGCCCUGGAUUGAGUUGGCAUUGGCCUGAUUGGGUUACGUUAAUAAUAUCCGGUGCAGCCUUCUCGAUUGCAGUUCUGUUUCUUCCAGAAACAUACUUGCCGCUGCUUUUGGAUUGGAAAGCAAAAGAACUUCGGCAUUUGACUGGCGACGAUAGGUUUACAUCUGAGCACGCCAUGGCAGCCAAUUUCCUAGGACGCCUGAAACACAACAUCACACUUGGGGUUACGUUUUUUCGAACAGAGAUUAUUGUAACGGUACUGGGCUUCUACCUUCUACUCCUAUACACGCUACUUUUUACUUCCCUGUCUGGAUUCGAUUUCAUCUUCAAGGACACAUAUGGGCUCUCCACGGGCCUUACCGGUAGCUGCUUCGCCUCUAUUGCAGUAGGAUCGACGCUUUUCACAUUCAGCGCACCAGGCUUAUACAGCUGGGCCCGCAGAGUUACAGAACAUGUGCGUGGGGCAUCUGUUGAACCCGAAUUUCGACUAUGGCCUGCGAUUGUUACAUCGCCCUUGUUGCCCAUGUGUCUUUUCUGGCUCGGAUGGACCAACUACCCUCAAAUUACUAUAUGGUGCGGACUGAGUGCCUGUUUAGUGUUCGGUAUUGUCUUGACUGCAUUCUAUGUGAGCAGUUAUGAAUACAUAAUAGAUAGCUACGGUGACCAUUCAGCCAUCGCUCUUGCGAGUGUUACAUCUGUCCGGUAUUUGGCUGCAGGCGGUAUGGUAAUGGCUACGCGCCCAAUGUAUACGGCCAUCGGUGUCCAUUGGACUAUGACGAUCCUGGGUUGUGUUGCAGCUAUACUGAGCCCUGCUCCUCUUCUGUUCUGGUUCCACGGACCCAAACUCAGAUUGAAAAGCAAGUAUGCGAAG